CGUGUAGAUCAUAUAAUCAUACGUGUGAUAUGAUACAUACUCACAGUUAUCUGAAAGGCUCAUUACUGUUCUUGUGUGCAUAGUAUAUACUCAUACGUGUGAUAUGACGCAUACACAGUCAUCCUGCAAGCAUUGCAUCUCCCAAGUAAGGUAGCUCCCAAUGUGAUUUUGACAGCUGAAAGUAGCAUUUCCUGGCAUCAUAUAUUACAGACGGUAAGGAUAUCAUUCAAUACACAUCAAAGAGCAAGUAUAUGUAUAAUUCUCACUAUGCACGGAUUAAACACUGGCCCUGAUGAAAAAACUAAUACUGCCGCCGGUCAUCUACCACCCCCUGUUGCACGUGCGAAUCGGGAGAUGUCUGUGCUGUUGAAGCCCAGACCCAUCUUUGGUGUCGAAGGGAUUUCACACAAGAAAACGCGCAGUGCUCCAAAUGCAUCGUUUAUGAUAGACGGUAUGCCCACGGCGCUGAAUGGACUGACAAACACGGUUGACUACAGGAGUGUAACGAGAGCGCCAGCAGCCCAAUGCACACCCGGCGGCCAAGCGGUGGAAACUCAGACCUGCCACGACUCGCUGAGGAAACCCUAUCACUUGCAUGAGCACGGGGAGCAUGGAACAUAUGCGGAACAGUCAUUCGAGUUUCUGCAAAAGUUGGGCGAGGGAUCGUUUGGCCUUGUUCACAAGGUGCGCUGGAAGAAGGAUGGGCGGCUGUACGCGCUGAAGCGGUCGAGUAGAUACUUCAAAGGGACCUACGAUCGGAAUAGGCAAAUAGCCGAAGCUCACCACUUGCGCAGUCUAGGGGACCACCCGCACUGUAUCCGCUACUAUGACUCUUGGGUUGAGAAUGACAUGCUUUACCUGCAGACAGAACUCUGCGCGAUGGGAACCCUGCAGGGGUACCUAUCACACACCCCUCACUUACUGGAGAACACGGUGUGGGACUUUGUCACUGACAUAGCCUCAGGUCUGUGUCACGUACACGAGCUCGACCUCAUCCACCUCGACCUAAAGCCAGCCAAUAUAUUCAUGACGGAAACCGGCUCGUUGAAGAUUGGUGAUUUCGGCAUGGCUGUUCACGCUGAUAAGGUGGCCCAAUUGGAUGUGCGAGAAGGUGAUCCCAGAUACUGUGCGCCGGAGUUGCUCAACAGUGGGCAAGUCGUCAAUGCUGCGGUCGAUAUCUUUAGCCUGGGUAUCCUAACACUGGAGAUUGUGGACAAUGUAGAGCUGCCCACCAACGGCCCAGUAUGGCGAGCCCUGCGGAAUGGGUGUAUCCCGCAUGUACCGCACAUCUCUGCGUCUCUGACGUCUGUAAUUACACGCAUGAUGCAUCCGAACCCGGAUCUCAGGCCCACAUCGAGAGAUCUGCUCUCGCACCCAGAGAUCGCCACGGAAAUACAGAGGCGCACAAAGACUUCCCGGACUGUCAAGGGCACUGAUACGAGUAGUCCUUGGGGCAACAUGCUCGCCCUCUAUCUCGCAAUCGUAAAGAUUGUUCGCAAUGCGUAUCAAUCGGCACUCUGGCUGGUUGCAAGAUCAGUCACAUCCCUGAAUGAAACAACCCGCGCAUCGGCUCCUCAAAGCCACAGCAAUCGAGCACAUGGUGCCGUUUACAAAUCACCAAGCUAUCGGCCUCUGCGCACACCCACGCUAGCGGUGGCAUCGUCUAGUCCGUGCUACUCGCCACUGACCCCAAGCACGUACGUUCGCAACCGGAGAGAGGCUGUUAGUGACGUUCGUGACUCGCGUGUACGUAGUCGGUCGCGAGUGCCGUUGUUUGUCUGUGCUCGGAGUUCUGAUGGUUGUGGGCAAGGUGACGGUGCGUGUGCUGAACCGGGUGGAGUGGUGUGUGCACAGACAGAUAGGAAUGUAAGUGUGUCUAGCAUUGGUGUAGACGGACGCGGCGAGCAUGGGCAGCUGAGAGAAGAACUUCAGCAGCAUGAACGGCAGCUGCAGCAACAGCGGCAUCGACAGCAACAGCAAAUUGUGCACAGGCACUCACAGAUACAACAGGAUACCCCCUAUCGACAGGCCCGACAACAGCAACGCGUUAGUAGAGGUGCUGAUAUACGCCUGGAGAGUGUGGGUGGGAAGCAACGAGCACCUUCAGCUGACAAAUCACACAGCUAUGAUGUCGACCACCCGGUUGUGCAUAAAGGAUUGCAGCAGGGACAUGCGAAGAUCAUUGUCAGAAGGUCUUCAGACCAUUCGUCUAUAACUAGAACAACCACCACGGCCACUAGAACCACAACCACCACGACAGACGGCAUACACGGGUAUGCAAAGCAACUGGAAACCGCUAGAGAGCGUGGAGGGUGUAGUGUAGCGCACACUCGCGCACGGAAGGGUGUACUUGAGCAUGCACGUACUGGUCUGCCCCCUCAUGACCACCUGACUGAACACUCUAGGAUAAGGGCGGUUGGAGAUUUGGGAAGCCUCCGACAACUCAAGACGUGUCGAGCUGCUCCUGUGACAGUAGAUAUGAAUCCGCACAAGGGAGGUAGGCGCCUAUCCAGCCCUGUGCAGUGUCAGCAGAGCUAUGCUACAGAGCACUCGCAGCGAACGCUGGCCAGGUCGAUGCCUCCUCUGCAUGGACCCCAGUCGAGUUUACAACAUGGAGAGGGUGUACGCGAUGUGACUCGUGCACAAUUAGGAUCACAGCAAUCUAUCAUCAAGACAUACACUUGCGAUACACAGUUUCGGUCGCCAUCACACACCGGCGCGCACACAUACAAACAUACACAUACGCAUAUACAACCCCACAAUCGUUUCUAUUCGCGUAUAGAUACUAAGCAGGAUAGCAUUCUCCGUGGAGAUAGUCUGGUAGAUAGUUUCCUGUCGGAUCCAUUCCAUCGAGAUACAACUAGUAGCCACGGCUCGGGAACACACGGUAGGAGAGACGCUGAUGUCAGCGAGCACAGCCCAUUCAAUGGCAACUGGCAGGGUAGUGCGGGUCUGCAACACAAGAGACAUACUCCAGUACAAGACUAUCAUACUGUGAAGCAGAGAAAGAGCAGUCGAACGGUAGAGGAUUCGGCACUAAGCGCAUCACAUAGAGGGAAAAGUACGCACCCCCAAAAAUCGCGAUCAAACCCAAAGUUGGCGACACAGAGUGCCUUGCAGUUCGGGACCCGAUCUAUAAAUAGAAUGCGACGGAGUGGUAUGGCCAAGCAAGGGCGCGUGCCCACAGUAGACGCGAUGAACGAAGCAGAGGACGGGUACUUCAGUGAGGACGAUAUACACAUCGCACCUCCGAAACCCCGCAAUCUGUUGGAUUUACUGACAAAUGACGAUACCUGAGUGCCCACCGCGUCGUGGAUAAUAGCACCAAUGGCUCAAGUUCUGUGGUUGCACACCCGAAGUUCAGAUGUGCCUUAGACAUCGAUGUCAGCCUUAGACAUCGUACUUGGCAUGGCUUGCAGAAUGGCAAGAUAGAUUAGGUCUGUUGCUGUCGCUGUCUUAUUUCUCCAAGGAUAGGGACAAGCUUUUGAUGUAGUACAAACGGCCAAACUGUGAUACCAGAGGGUUGCAUCGUACUACAAUAGUCGCUAAAUACACCGGACUUGUGUAGAAAUUCUCAAGCUUGCUGGCCGAUAUACCUCAGCACCAGUGAUAUAUACAGUAGUAAAGCACAAUGCUCCUCCGUCGAGCACUGUCUGUACCAGACCAGCCAUAUAAACCUCACAUCGAAAUGGGCAUAACACCUCGCUACUCAUUUCAGCUGUUGAAUUCGUUUUGUGUCCCAAAAGCCAUUUAGCAAUCUUGCUCUACUGGACUGGCUCCGAGGUUGCCUUGAUACUUUCUCACUCGUUUGUCUCGCCAUGUAGUACCAAAUCAUAUCACCACGCAGUGAAUCCUCGAGACUAAACUACAAAUCUGAUUCUCUACAAUUGUUACCAGAUAUCGAUGCGCUUCUAUUGAAC